AUCGUGACGACACAAAUUUUCUUCUUCCCUAUUGGCCUGUCACGAGUAAAGUAAGACGGCCUCUGAUUCGAUGGGAGCUUCAUCCACUAUGUAUUUAUUUCGUCAGGCGGGAACGCGGGACUUCCGGGGUUGAGUGGCGCCAACGUGAGAAGUCUUCCGGACACCGCGGUAGCAUCCCAGCUAACCGACGUUCCCCCGUGGCGGCCAUGUUGGCAGGGGCGACGGUUGCAUAAAAGCUAAUGGAUGGAUGUGGGAAUGUUGUUAUAACUCGCUCAUUUUGUGAGCGAUUUUCAUUACUGUCACUUAUUUUGUGAUGAACAAAAGGUGUCCUAUUAAUGCAGAAUAGUUUUGGGGAUAAUUAUUCACUGGCGAAAAUUUCAGUUUUAGCCAUAAAAAGUUCCCUUGUCGUAAUUGGCCGAUGUUGUUUACAACUGUAUGCAGCAUCAUGUGCCGGCAUCCUUUUCCAGUCGCCUACUCCAUUAAAAUGGUGACGCCUUUGCCCUUCCUAGCUUAGCGUCGCGGUCGACGGUCAGCUAGAAAGGGGCGUGUCUUACCUGCCCCUGUUCAUUUUUACAACGGUGCCAAUGUGUCUUUAAACGCUGCUAAUAAAUUAGAAGUAAUGAUGUUUUCGGCUGAUCUAUCCAAGGUUCUCGACCUCGUGCGAUCCCUAUAUUGCCACACAGAAACGCUGGAGGAGUUUACGGACAGAAUCGUGUUCCAAGAGGGUCGCAAAUUGGUUCUUGUCGAACAGGCGGACUCUUACUCCUUUCAAUCCUUCGUCGGGAGCCUUGUCGUUGGCUAUGACAACGAGCUUCAGCACGUGCCGAGCUGCCACCAGGUCAGCACUCUGUCGGAACUGUUGGCCUUCAUUCUCAAUCGCCUGAAAAGGAAGAAAAAGCACAACAUCUUGGUACGCGGUUACAAACUGCUGUGCUUGGAUCAGCAGGAGGAUGACAUAGACCACUUCAAGUUCCAGGGUGAAGUCGGACAGAAUGUUGCCAACAUCCACACCAGUGACCUGUGGAAGAAAUUGGCCCUGCGUCUCGGUACGGACAUCACUCGCUACCUGCUGGAGAACUGUUCCAUUUUUGUCAUGGUUCCGCCGUCGUGCGCUUUCCAGGUGUGCGGCUUUCCCAUCUACGACAGGGUUUACAAACCCGUCGUCCGCUCCGGGUUUUGCCUCCAGGCUCGAUUCAGGACCCGUCGUAAUACUAAGUCUGCGAAAAGUCGACGUGCAGUGAGCUUGAAAAGGGGGGGUUUUAGAGCCUCAUAUCAGAAAAGGAAGAGAGAAAUCAAUGAGGAGGAUGAGGAGGACACGCUGCGUUCUGGAAAAAGGAGACGUCUCGCAAAAGCUCAGGAAGUUAAAGAGACAGUUGAAAAAAGACAGCCGCUGUACUUCAAGCCCGAGGAGAUAAGCGGUGAUGUCUUUCAGCAAGCAGCUGAAACGGGCACAGCUCCUUUGGAAACAAGACCUAGUUGGAGAUCAGGCAUUUUCCCUCCUUCGCCUCCCUCGCGGUGUUUCAUAAGAACAAUGGCCUUCCUGUAUGGUUGCCCGGGUAUGAACCGGUUCCUCCUCAACAGGAAGAAGAAAAGUGCGGCGGGCUCGAGAAGAAUACAAGGUCCGGAUCUGGUGAGAAUCAUUUUCUUCGAGGGGCUGGCCUAUCUGAACGGACUGGAGAGGAAAACGAAGAAGCUCCCCCGUCGCUUUUUCAACAUGGUCCCCCUUUUUAGCCAGCUUUUGCGUCAGCACAGGAGGUACGCCUACAGCAGAACACUGCAGCGACUGUGCCCUCUGGUGCGGAGCGACCUGCCCCAAGGUGAUCUCUGCUCCCUUUUGCCCAAAUAUUGUCGGCCUCACCGGGUCUACCUUUUCGUGAGGGAGUGCCUGUGCGCCGUCAUCCCGUUAGAGCUUUGGGGCUCCUUGGAAAACCGUUGUCAUUUUUUGGCGCGGGUCAGGGGCUUUUUGUGCAGCACUAAGUAUGUAAAGAUUUCCAUUGCGGAGCUGAUGUGGAAGAUGAAGGUGAAUGACUGCGACUGGUUGAAGAUCAGUAAGAAAGGGCGGAUCCCACCCAGCGAGCUCGCGUAUCGGACGCGGGUGCUCAGUCAGCUGCUCGCUUGGCUACUUGACGGCUACGUCGUCGGCCUCGUGCGAGCUUGCUUCUACGCCACAGAAAGUGUGGGUCAGAAGAACGCCCUGAGGUUCUACAGGCAGGAGCUUUGGGCCAGACUGCAGGAGCUUGCCUUCAGAGAUCACCUUUCUGCGGGUCACUGGAAGGAAUUGACUCAGGCUGAGGCGGAUUCCCUCCCCAAUAGCACCGUCUUCAACCAUCUGCGCUUCAUCCCAAAGGCGGUUACAAUGAGGCCCAUCAUGCGAGUUUUUGGAGUAGACGCUCAGACCAGGGCCUUCCGAAGGAAGAUAUGUGACCUGAGGGAUGUCUUGCGGGCCUGCGUACGCUUCUCUCCCUCCCUCCUGGGUUCCACAGUGUGGGGGAUGACGGAUGUCCACAAGGUGUUGUCCACUCUUGUGCAGACCCUGGAAGACAAACCAGAGCCCCUCUACUUUGCUAAGGUGGACGUCAGCGGAGCAUACGAGAGUCUUCCCCAUGACAAACUUUUACAUGUGGUCAGCGAAGCCCUGUCGCUUGCCUACGAGUCCUUCAACAUGCGCAGCUACACCUCUUUGUGGCUAGAUUCUUUCGAGGGCCUGAAGAAGUCUUUUGUCAGACGGGCUGACUUUGUGACGGCUGAGCUGAGCUGCAGCAACAUGAAAGGGUUUGUGACGGCCCUGCAAAAAACCAACAGAGUUCACCACUCCAUCUUGGUGGAGCAGCACAGGGCCACAAAUAUUCACGCCCAAGAUAUCCUUCAGUUCUUCACCCACAUGUUGACCCACAGCUUUGUACGGUUUGGGAAGAAAACCUAUCGUCAGCUUUGCGGGAUUCCCCAGGGAUGCCCCGCAUCCACUUUGCUCUGCUGUCUCUGCUACGGUCACAUGGAGAAUGCCCUGUUCGAAGGAAUGGAGUUAGUCAAAGGACGAUUGAUGAGAAUGGUGGAUGAUUUUCUUCUGAUCACACCCAGCCUCUGCGAGGCACAAAACUUUCUCAAUGUCUUGUUCGCCGGGGUUUCGGAGUACGGCCUAGUGGUCAACCCGCACAAGGUGGUGGUCAACUUUGAGCUGCAGGAAGAUCUGACUUCCUGCGCCGGCAUCCAGAAGCUGGCCUCCCAUUGCCUCUUCCCAUGGUGCGGCUUGUUGCUGGACACGUCUUCUCUCAACGUCUAUAAUGAUUACUCCAGCUACUCGGGCCAGUCUCUGUCCCAGAGCCUCACUUUGGGCAUAUCCCAAUCGGCAGGGGAGCAAAUGAGGAGGAAGUUGAUGAGGAUCCUGAAACUCAAGUGCCACGCUGUGUUCUUGGACUUGAAGACAAAUACCGUGACGACAGUCUACAGAAAUAUCUACAAGUUGGUGCUACUCCAUGCAUUCAGAUUCCAUGUGUGUGCCCAGAGUUUACCUUUUGGCCAAACGGUUGCAAAGAACCCUGACAACUUUCUGCGGAUGGUAUGGGACAUGGCUCAUUAUGCCAAUAAGCUCUUGAGGCACAGCAACAGAGGCUACGAGGCCCUGGAUGGCAUUGUGCCAAGCGAGGCAAUGGAAUUGCUUUUCUGCCUUUCAUUUCUACUGGUGUUGUCGCAACAUCGCUCCCUGUACAAAGGCAUGAUUCCGCAUCUGCAUAAAUGGAAGCGCAGUCUGCAGAGCCGUCUGGGAGAUGUGCAACUGACGAGGGUGAGACAAGCAGCUAGACCCAGGAUCCCUGUGGAAUUCUUGACCAUUCGAACUUAAAUAUAUUUGAGUUAACUCAUUUUGAUAAAGUCUCCCUGUAAAAAAAAAAAUGAAAUAAAAUAAUAGCCAUCAGCAGCUGACAGGUUUGGAUGUGAGGAGAUUUGGUUACGUGAAAGAAAAAAGAAAAAAAACCCGUGCUGUACAAUGGAAUCGACGGCCUUUGUCCGUCUGGAUUACAAUUUAUGCUUUGUGGUAUUUUUCCAUAUCAAUGUCGAAGAAAGCAAUUUAGGUAUGUUUGAGAUUGACUGCCACUAUGCAAAUGUUUCAGUCGGCGUGGUCAAAAGUAAUUUGUUUAUGAGCAUCGACUUCAAUUGUUGUAGUGUAACGCCAGAUUUGCCUUCGUGUACUAUAAUGUGUAAAUACGCUCACUUUUUUUUUUAUUGACUGAAUUAUCAACACCCUUUGUCUAAAAAAGAAGAAAGGAUCCUUUGUCAUGACGCCAGCAUGCCUUCCCACUCAUAAAAGAAAGCAAUUUCUCUCUGACAAUGAUGUACUCAGGAGGCUCCUUUUCAGGAACGGAAACGUAGUUCAUGACAACAGAUGCACAGGUCGCCGCUCCCGAUGUCACUGCGCUUCGAUCUCAAAAGCGUCAUUGCCGUACGGGUUUCGUCCCUCCCGUGACGAAGACCUCUCCCUGACCUUUUGGAUUCCUUUGUAGAGAGCCACGAGCGGGAUCGAAACCACGGGCAUGGCACAGAGGAGGAUGAUUACGGCAAACACGAAGUCUGGGUAGGGCUUAACCUCUGUUUUGGGAAAGAGUUCCUAAAGCAAAGAAUGCAACUGUGUUAAAACGCCACCCAAUACGUACAUCUUUUUUGGGGGUUGGGGGGUCACUUACGUAAGCAGGAUUCCACGCAGGGUAUGUGGGGUGUUUCUGGGCUUGGAGGACCACAUAUGCAAUCAACACUAUCUUAAGCAUUAAAGGACUGAUGAGAGUCCAACAACAUCUCCAAUAAAGAUUUGGCCUCUUUCCGGUCAUGAAA